AGCGAUGGUGUGAGAGCAGCAGACGGGCUGACAGCGCUGUAACAGCGGGCUGAGGGGUGUGGAGCUCUAACGCUACUGCAGAAAUGAGGUCGGCUGGCUAAUUUCAGCACAACACGGCAGGGGUGUUCAGCUAUUUUAGAUGUGACUCUCUCCACACUUUGGAGUGCCCUAAACGCUUCAUGCUCGACUCUGGAUAAAGCCAUGUUGCUAGGUGAAACUCUCAAAGGUUUGUUGGUGGUUGGGGCGUGUCUGUCUGCUUGGGCCGCUCCAUUAGGGGUCACCUCUUCACCACAGGCAAGGCGCUGUGACCGAACAGAACAAGGAUCCAAAGAAACAUCUGAAAGCCUGGAAAGCCAUCAUGAUGACAAGCUGUGUGAGAUCUCUACCACACAGCUGCCAGCAUCAUCUCCUCCUUACGUAAAAGAGUGGCGAGAACCUGGCAGGACAGCAGAUGUUUUGGACAAUGCCAGAGAUGAAGGGGAGGUUACAUUUGCAGAGGCAGGGAAAGUGCAGAUUAGAGAUUCUGGCUUGUUUCAGAAAGAAGGUGACCAAAACUUGAGUGUUGACAAUGUGACAUUUAGAAGCUUAUCGGUGGACAAGAAUAAUAUUUCUUUAUCUGCUGGUCCCACUGAAUCAGUUACAUCUGGACCUGGAAAUGUAAAUAUGGAGGUGGAAAGUGUGACAGCCGCUGGUGCAUCUGACCAAAUCAACUCACAGAGUGACGCUGUGCAGAAAGUAGGACCAUCCGUGGUCCCAUUUGGGCAGAGCACUGGCAGAUCUGCAGAGACACAAGUUGUGCUAGGACACGGUGAGGAUGUCAGGCAAGGGAGCUUGCUUUACACAGAUUUAGAAGAAGAUAAGGGCAGAGUACGGAUGAGAGAUCUGCCACCAGAACACAAGAGAGAAUGGGAUGUAGAGUCAAUUACAAAGGAACAUUUUACACAGCUCAGUACAACUGAACCAUCACCCGUGGUCUCAUCUACUGCUCAUGAUUCUGCUAGCCAGUCUACCUGGACGGUCGUCCACCCUGUUUCAACAUCUCCAACCACUCCAGGCAUUCCUGAUGGAGAGGCUCGAAGAUCUAGAGUAGCAGAGGAAAACCUCUUUACAGCCUCAGACCUCCAAGAUAAAGCACUUGCCCCUGGAAUACUGCAGCCAGACUUGACCCUGAGCUCCAGAGAGCCAGAGCUUGGAGGGACCUGGACUGAGCCACUUCAUUUGCAAGGUGUGGAAGAAACAAGCAUCUCACCCUUGUCUCAGGAGGUGGGCACAGAGGCAACCAUGUCUUCUGAAGACCUGCCUCUGAUCUUUGAGCCGCUCGAUGAUGUGACACCCCCCAGUGGCUCAGCACAGGCAUCCGAGCUGUCUGUCGCCAUGGCGCCAGCCACAGGGAUGCUCAGGGAGGCUGAGCUUGAGCAAGCGGUGUCCGUGGAUACGGAGCGCGUUCCUCCUGAUGCUUCUAUCCUGGGGCCGUCUGAUUGGCCUUCGCCGUGGCAGAUGUCUGGUUCGGAGAAUUCGGAUGCUGUUGCACCGUAUCAGAUGCCAGUCAGCAGACCUUUCUCUGGAGCAGACCUUGGGCCCAGUGAGAAAUCAGAGAGGCUACAGAAUAUCUCGGCCUCUGUGGGAACUCUUCCUUUAUCACCUUCUCCUGUUCCGGCCACCAUUCAUCAGGACAUUGAGUCAACUCAGUUGACAGCACUGCAAACCAAAUCAGGACUGGAUGAACUGGAAUCAGAAGAGGAUGAGGAUGAAGAUGUGGAUGAAUCUGAGGAGGAGGAAGAGGAUAGUGAGGAGGACCUAAAUGAGGCCACUGUCCACACCCCUACUCGUGCUUCCUACAGUCUCAUCCCACCUCCCCCAGUCUGGGGGCAGCAGAACCAAGGACUCAUUCGCAGCUGGGUUGAGCUCAUCCGAGAAAAGGCUGGCUAUGUUUCUGGGAUGCUAGUUCCUGUUGGUAUUGGGAUUGCUGGUGCUCUGCUAAUUGUUGGAGCUCUUUACAGUAUUAGAAUGAUCCAUCGCAAAAGAAAGAACAGCUUUAAGCACCAAAGGAGGAAGCAGCCCAAAGAAGUGAGAACUGGACCAGACCAAGCGAUGCUAUUGGCUGACAGUUCAGAGGAUGAAUUUUAAAUCUAGCCAUGUGUGUCCCACGUUCCACCUAAACAUAAAAACAAAGUGUUGAGAGGAUUUCAGAUACAUACUUGUAUCUAGACACUAAACAUCUAUCAACAGAUCUUGCAUAGACACAGGCUUAGUCUCACACUCAUCUAAAUCCACCACAUCUUUGAAAUAAAUAAGCAAUCCCAAAUAUGUGAUUCUAUCACAGACAAUUUAGCUGUACAUAAAACGUAUGUAUGUAUAUUAAUAACUGUACUCAGUGUCUGACCUUACUCUAAGAUGGCAGUUCGCCAUGAGUUUCUGUCUCUGUGAAUAAAUAAAUAUAUAAAUAAAUGAGGUUUAUUCUUGGAGUUCUGUAAGAUUAUGUUUUCCUAAUUGUAAAUACAAGAGUUGAAUUAAGUGUAAAAAUAUGAUUGUCAACAAAAGAAAAAAAACAUUUUUGUGUAUUUUUUUUUUUUAAAAGACCAUUGAUAUUAUAUAAUUUGUUGAUAUUUACAAUAUCAACAAAUUUCAUCUUUUCUGUUUUAAGAUACAGUGGCUUCUCUAGUGGCAAUAAUUUUUCUGUGUUUUCUGCUGAUGUCAGCUUAACGUGUUUUCUCAUAAACAGACAUAAAUAUCCAAAGAUUGAAUUGUGAUCCAAAGGAAAACCAAUACCUUUAUGUCUUUUCUAGAACAUCUGGGGAAAAAAGUAAAUUUUAACUCAUCUGGCUCAGUGUAAAUCACUGUAUAUAAUACAUGAAUACGUUUUGCUGUAUAAUUAUUGUUAUUGUUCACACCUGUUUAAUUAAAUGUCAUGUUCAAAUUAUUCAUAUUGUGACAAUCUGCCCUCUGUGGUUAAACACAUUGGUUGUGCUUAUUGUUCAUCAUCAACUGCUAUAUUUUUGCUGUUACAUUAAAUGAUCAAUGACUAAAUAAUAUAA